UUAAAAAAACGUGUCUUGAUUUUUUUUUCAAGUGCAUCGCUACAGCCGCAAAGGAACAUACCUGCAACUAGUUUGAGGUGAAAAUCCCAACUUUCGGGAACAAUGGCAUCCUUUAUCUCCUCUAGCACAACACUACCAACCUAUACUGCUCUUUUGAACCCUAAAUUCAACCAAUCAUCUUUCUCUUCACUCUCCCUUUCCCCCAAUUCAAACCCUAGAAAAAACUCGCGUAAAAAACUCUUUCGUUGCUCUGCUGCUAAGCAGCAACAGAGUGGACCAGUGAAGAAGCGUCAGUCUUCGUCAUCUUCAACAAAUAACAAGAAGCCGGUGAAGAAGAAUACUAAAAAUGGUGGUUCUGGAUCUGGGUUUAAGAAGGGUUUUGGUGUAAAUGAGGAAGAAGACGAUGACUAUGAGGAGACCACGUCUUCUUCUAAAGCGAGGUAUCAGCCACUGCCGUUGCCGAAACCACCUGCCGGAUUUCUUGUGGAUGAUCAGGGGAGAGUUGUUGCUGUUUCGGAUAGACGAAUUGCUACAAUUGUUGAUCCUGCAAAUAAUUUUCCAUUGGAGUGUGUUAUCAGAAGAGUUUUUAGAAGUUCACAAGGAGAUGAAUGUAUGCUACUAUGCCCCAUUGAUACGCCUGUUCAGAUAUUAAAAAGCACAAACUUUGAAGGGUGGUCAGCUGUGAGCGAUGAUGAAGUUGAAUCAAUCCUUCCUACAGCCUCAUAUGCCCUUGCCAAGAUACACAUGCAUCUUGUAUAUAGUGGGUUUUGUUACACAGCGCGUGGAGGGUUUUGCUACACUGAGGAUGACAUAUUUGAAUGUCGCUCAGAUGAUGGACAGGAUUUGGAUGGCUUACCAACUGAAGGCGUAGAAAUAACAUGCUUUCAGAUGGAUGGUUCCCAUUACAUGAUCUACACACCAUCUGAUCCACUUUUGUUUGUAGCUGUGAAGGAUGGAAAUGGUCAAUUACAAAUAGCUGAUGAUGAGGUGCUUGAGGACCCUUUGACAAUAAGUGCUAUAGAUGAAGAAACUGAGUUCAAUGCUUUGGUGGAAGAAGAGGCAGCUUUGCUAGAAUCACUGUUGGGCAAAAGCUAGCUAAUGUCAUAAGUAACAAACCAAUUUAGAAAACAUUUCUUCUUGUAGAUGCUUAUGAAAACAACGCUUUUACAUUUGUUAAAAAAAGACAAAGUCAUCUGUAUAUAUAUGUUAUGUUGUUCUUUGGUGAUGAAA